UUAUUUGAGUGAGUAUGCCAUUGAUGCAUUCAGUGGAUAAGUUGCAAUAUAUGGACGAUCAAUGGAUCAGCUUUAAAAACAACAGAUUAACGUUUUUUAUCAUCCCUUUUGAUACAAAAAUGAGGUUUAACAGCAAAGAACUUGCCCAUCUGGCACAGCAAAAUGGUAGUCACUUUGAUAGAGAAGGCAUUCUACAGAUGAAACAAAAGAAUGAAAAACUCUUCAGAAAAGGCGAAGCUUUUGUCGAACGAUUCUUCAGGCUGCGAGGUAAUCUUCUCUUCUACUUCAAAUCAAAGGAAAGCAUCAAUAAACAAGAGCCACAAGGUGUCCUAGUUUUAGAGAGAUGCACUGUGGAAUUAGAUAGCCAAAGUUCAACAGACUCUUCUUUUAUCAUAGUUUUUGAGGGAGAUGAUGAAACCUACACAUUUUUGGCGGCAUCAGAAAAAGAGAGAGAUGGCUGGAUUGAGGCUCUACACACUGCCAGCUAUGAAUGCCUGAAAAUGCAGCUGCUGAGCCUGCGCGAGCAAGUCCAGCUGCGCACUGGGCAGGACCCGUUCAGUCAGAUGAUGCGCGCUGACACCGGAAUGGAGUUUGAGACUUUAGGCAACAUUGAUUCCAAUGACCCAGCCAUGGAAAUGAGUCUAACCAUUGAAGGAUUGCCAAAUGAAAGUAAUGGCCAACCACCCAACCCAUUUGCAGUUGUAUACAUCAUCAUUCCACCUCAGCAACAGAACUGGCUCCAACACAACCAUACAGAAAUGGUGGAAAAUAACAACAAUCCCCACUUCUUGAAGACCAUUGGCUUUGGGGAUUCAGGUGGGCUCGAACCAACAAUGAGAGUUAAGAUCACAGUGUUCCAUGUGAAAGAGAGAAUGACAGGAAUGAUGACUCAGAUUGGGCAGGUCAUUUUCACCUUGAAUGACGUUCUACAAACUGAAGACUUGUCUUUGAAAUUAGCCCUUGUUGGCAAUGAUGGAACCAGAGUGGGCAUGCUGAGCAUAGUUAGCUGGUUGAACGACACCCAUGGGAACACAACCAACCUAUCUCAUGAUGAUGAUGAAGAUGUUUUUACAAACAUAGUACCUGCCAUUAGAGGCCGCACAAUGUCUGUGAAGAGACGUUCCAAACGCCUCGAGACUCUGAAGCCUUUGUGUGCAAACAUCACAACCAGAACAUUCCGCUUUGAAACAAAUGACUCAGUGAAACUUCUUGUCCAUGAAUACAUGGCAGAGAGCAAGUUUGCCUUUGACCUUCCAAUAAAAACACUACAGCUGUUGAUCGAAGAAGAGAAAACUAGAAUAAAACAUUUGCAGGAUUUAGGCCAGUUACCCAGACUGCUGGAGUCCUAUGUCGCCUCGGACAUUGCUCAUCGUGCUGCCACCAUAUCUGCCUAUACUGAUUCAAGCAAUGUUCUGACUUGUUACAUAGAUGCAGUCCUUCAGAAGGGUGCUAACUACAAAUGCUGCAGUUUUAAGCCAAGCAGUAAAAAGGCAGAUAAGGAACUGGAAUUUGUUCCUUUAAAUCUUCAUCUUCAAAGAAUGACAGUCUUAAAUGAGGCUACAGAAUCAUGGGGAGCAUAUGACGUCAUAACAGCUGGUGCUUUUGUCGCCCAUUCACGCCGAGCACGAAAUCAUGGAGGCCUGAAGUCAAUGCUCCAUAAGCUGCAAGAGAGUUACACCCCUGAGGGGACAUUGAGCAAAGUCUCAAAGGUCAAGCGUGCCUGUGACCUGGUGAACUGUGUGCACCUUCUGCAAGGGGAGAUAAACACACUGUGUGAUAGGGUCUGUCACGAAGCGCUACGGGGAGACAGCUCAUCUCUACAGGCAGCCACACUUGAACUGGAGCAAAAGGUAAAAGAUCUUGUCCUUGAUUGUCAAAGUCCCAUACUGCAAGAGGUUGCGGCACAGCUCACUGAACUUCAUGAAGACAGUGAGGCCCUAGCUGAGGAGCAGACCAAACAAAGCCAGGGCCAGGAGUCCCAAGUCAGCCCUGAAUCGGGCACCGGAUCAGCCCCCCAGGCAAUGAACUGGAGGUGGACUGGAAGCUGCUUUAUCAAGAGCCCCACCUCAGAGCCUUGGGACAUGACUCGGGUGAACACAGAGGCCUCACUCGUCUGUCUGACGUCCAUGGUAGAGGAUCUCGUGCUCAACAAGUCUGGGCCUCUCGACCAACCAAAAUGGCUCGGCGAGAUUAGCCCUGCAGUCAUCAAGCUGAAAAGCUUUGUGGAGAUCAUCUGUUGCAAAGUGACCUACUUCAUGUCCUUCUUGGAUCUCAUUGAGCACAAAGAUAUUCUCAAGUUGUUUCACAGCAUCAAAGUCAGGCGAGACAUUGUUUUUUCACAAGCAUUAACCAGUCUCGUAACUGGGUUGGUCCUACACCUGAAUGCCCUGAUAGACAACAAGCAAGUGCUGGAGCAGCUGGCAACUCUGGGGGUUGUCAUGGAGAUAGAAGGCCUUCUCAGUUGCCAUGGAGAUGAGAUACCCAUGCUAGAGGACAUGCUUGUGGCUGUGGAUGACCUGUCCACCGUCAGCUUUCAACUGGUUCUGGAAUCAACACAGAGAAAAUCUGUGCAACUGUCUACAAAUAACUUUACAAGAGCAAGCCUGUAUCCAGACCUUAACAGACAUCAUGUAUGCGUGACAAUACCAUUGCCGCAAGCUAGCUUUGAGAAGCUGCCCGACAAGUUACAAAAGGGUGAUCGGGUCAGUGUGGUUCCUAUCUUCUUCAAUAUUGGCAUCAAUGAGCUGGCAACCCUAGCUGAGAAGUUUGGCAGUACCAGCCUCCAGGACAAGCUCAAUGAGGAGAGUCUGGGACGCAUGUUUAGAUAUGUCAAGGAAUAUGAGAACCUGUACAUGCAUCCUCAAGCUGGAGGGGGAGUUGGCUCUAUUCCAUCUCUGAUGCAGCAACUGCACAACAAUGUGUACACAAAGAAGAGUAAAAAUGUAGAGAUACUUCAUCUUGGAGCUGAGUUAUGCAGAAAACUGCACGGCUUCCGCGUGACCAGCUGUAAGAGUGCCAAGGACCGCACAGCAAUGGCUGUGACCUUGGAGCAGGCGCAAAUCCUGCAGCGGGAACACAACCUGGCCUCACAUGUCUUCAUGCAGUGCCUGGACUGCUUCAGAAGCGAGGGUGUAAGAAGGGAAAAUGCUUUCAAGAACAUUGGUCAGCGCAAGUAUGCAUUCAAGUUACAGCUGCUAUCAUUCCCAAAGCAGUACAGACCUCCCAAUGGCACAUAUGGCAAUGUGCAGAAACUAUAGGGCAGUGUGGGUGUC